GAAUGCUCCAUACUGUCGCUUUGCAAGUGCUAGCAAAGAUGGUGACAGUCGCACAUGGGACAUUUCUUUGAGGAGAUGUGUUAUUUGUAUUAGUGACCACACACAAGCAGUAACUCACGUGGAAUGGGGCUGAUAAAAAAAACUUGUGUGAAAUGGGUGGGGAGGGAAUGAUAUAUACAGGCUCUCAGGAAGUACCAUUGAAGUCUGGGAAACUACUCAAGGGAAGCUAAUUUGUGAAUUGAAGGGUCAUGGGCGUUGGGUCAAUUCCAUUGCAUUGAGCACUACUGAAUAUGUUCUUCAAACUGGAGCUUUUGAUCAUACUGGGAGACAAUAUUCUUCUCCAGAGGAAAUGCAAAAGUUAUUGUAUGCAGGUUGCUCUAGAAAAGGACAACAAAAUGAAAGGCAAUUCCCCUGAAAGAUUGGUUUCAGGAUCUGAUGAUUUUACCAUGUUUCUAUGGAAGCGUGCUGAUGACAACAAUCCCAAACUCAUGACAGGUCAUCAACAGGUAAAAAUUAUAUGAUUGUGACUUUUUCGUCUGAUUGUAAUCUCCUCCGUCCCCUUUUUUUGAUUUUAGGUUGCAGACAGAAAGUGAUUUUCUCCUAUCCAUUUACCCACCCAACUCACCAUGACUGAGGAUCUAUUAACUGGGCCACUUAGGUCACUGCUUGUAAACCAUGUUUGUUUCUCACCUGAUGGACAAUGGAUCGCUAGUGCCUCUUUUGAUAAAUCAGUCAAAUUAUCUAAUGGUACUGCUGGGGAAUCUAUUACUACAUUUCAUGGUCAUGUUGGGCCUGUUUAUCAAAUGAGCUGGUCUGCAGACGGUAGGCUUCUUCUAAGUGGGAGCAAAGACUCCUCCUUGAAGGUAUGGGAUAUACGAACAUGAAAAUUAAAACAAGACCUUCCAGGCCAUGCAGAUGAGGUGUAUGCUGUUGAUUGGAGUCUAGAUGGUGAGAAGGUUGCAUCUGGUGGUAAGGAUAGAGUAUGGAAGUUAUGGAUGGGCUAAAAAAUAACUUGAAGAGACAAAGGUGAAAAUGACAUUGAAGUUAUAGAAUGAUGAACGCAGUGGCUUCCAUCACCAACCAAAUAUCUGAUUUUGAUUUCAUUAAGCGAAGUAUAUUUUAAGUGCAUGUGGAAUAAGAAAAGAAAUGGGUUGAGAUUGGAGGGAAGGUCCUGAUUGCCAAUAUUGCUUAGGGAUGGCAUUGUAGAGCCAUGCAAGGUUUUUAUCAUAGGAACAAAGAUUUAGAAAAUAUUCCUUCUCACAGGUUGGGAUAGAUUGAAUGGAAUGAUGUCAAUUUUUUUUCCUGUAAAAUUUU